AUGUUCCAAUUUAUCAAAGACUCAUUUGAAUAAGUGGCAUCUAAAGUCAAAUAAAGUGGAGUUCCCUCCAAUUCAGUUAAAGUCAACCUAAGCCAAUUUGAGAAGUACUAGUCAUCCUUUUAAACCGCCAUUUAUCAAAAGUAUUUGAGACAAAAGUUAAUCAAUAAAUUGAAUUAAUUAGUUGGCAAAAAGGUGCUUGUCAUUGAUCAAUUUAUUGCAGACAUGCUUAAUUUGGUGGUUGAAUCUAUGUAGAUUUUGAAGGAAAAUGGCAUUGAAUAAAUCUAUUUAUUUGAUUCUGAUUAAUUAGAUGUGGAAGUAAAUUAGAUUAUAUUCUUUGUGAAUCACGAUAGACAACACAUGAAACGAAUAGUAAGAAUCAUCAGAAACAAUUAACUCAAGAACUUGAAUAAAAAAUACUUAUUAAUCUUAUGUCCUAGAAUGAAUAUUGUAUGCAAGGAAUAUUUAGAAAAAGAGGCUGUUUUGGGAGAUUUGAUUAUAACUAAUUUCAAUUUUGACCUAAUACCUUUAUCAAACGAUUUGCUUUCGUUAGAGAUGAAUAAUUGUCUUAGACCAUUAUAUAUUGGACAAGAUAUGUCUAUUUUGUAAACAGUUGCUGAGUCUAUUUAAAGAAUGGAGUUAGUUCAUGGCAAGUUUAAGAAUAUCUAUGCCAAAGGAAAUUUCUCUAAAUUUGUCAUUGAUAUACUCAAAUAAAAAAAACAAUAGGGAGAAUUGAUUGAAGAUGAGAUGAGCUUUAAGGAAUCUAAAAUGCACACACUUUUGAUCAUAGAGAGAAAAGUAGACUUCAUCACUCCUAUGUUGACUCCAUUCACUUAUGAGGCUUUGAUUGAUGAGGUGUUUUCUAUCAAGCACAACUCAAUCAAUCUAGAGAUUAUUAAAAACGACUAAGCUUUAAAAGAUAGACCAAAAACGAUGAAACUUAAUGAUUCCUAUUACAAUGGAAUCAAAAUUAUGAACAUAAAGCAAUGUCAAAGGGUUCUUGAAGAAAAGAGACAGAAUAACAAAUAGACGAUUAUAGACAUGAAAUAACCAGAUAAUAAAAUGAAUAUGAGCGAUAUGAAUUAAUAUCUUUCCAAAUUACGAGUGCUACCAAAAGAACAAAACAUUAUUCUUGACCAUAUUAUUGUUAGUUAACACUUAAGUAAAUAGUUGGAAACCAUUUUAUUUAAUAUGUGCGUUAAUUAAGAAGUGCAUGCUAUACUUUAAACUAAGUCAUCAUAAGUUGAAUAAAUGAUCGAAAAUCUUAUUUCUUUUGGGGCCCCCAUCACUAAAGUGAUUCGAUUGUUUAGUCUUUACAAUUAAGUAUAGAAUGGUAUGAAGACCAAACUCUAUGACUUUUAUCGCAGAGAGAUUUUACAUAUGUUUGGCAUUGAGCACAUUAUGACCCUUGAAAAUUGUGAAAAAAUGGGUUUAAUAGGAAAAAAACUGAAUGAUACUCAUAUUUGGGAAAAAAUUGAAAAACCUUUACGUCUGAUUAAUGAAGAUAUUGAUCACGAUGCCCCAGAGGAUUUUUCUUAUGUUUUUCUGGCAUAUGCACCUAUAAUAGUUCGAAUUUUUGAAGAAUUAAUCCUAAAAAAUACUUGGGGACCAAUAGUAUUACAAGCACUAAAAGAAAUGCCAGGGGAAGUUGUUAUACAAUAAAAUCUAAAUUAAAAUAAAACUGAAGAAGUUAAAGAGGAUGCAAACUAAAUUUAUGUGAUUUACUUUAUUGGAGGCGUCACAUAUGGUGAAAUUGCAGCUAUUCGUUGGUUAGGACUACGAUACAGUAAUUAAAUUUCUUAUUUCUUAGAAAAGGAUAUAUAAAUAUGUACAACACAUAUUAUAAAUGGAGAUAGAUUAGUUUAAGAGAUGAUAUAAAAUUUAUGA